CCAGUCCCCGAGUCCCAGUCCCCGUCCUCCCUUUUUGUCAGCCAUUACAACCAUGUGGCUCUGACUCUAUUGACUCGUCUCCUUUUAAUUACAAGCCUUAAAAACACGGCGCAUGUAUCCGAACAAUGGAAAGCGUGAGCUUUUUCGAAGGGCCCGAGAAACUAAUAGAAGUUUGGUGGACACCGAUUUUGGAAGCUGACAAUAGCUGCGGAUUUUCUGGAAAUUUAAGAACUAUAUCAAGGUAAAGGAAACAACAAUAGAACAACGUGAUUCAAUAUCUGGAACUAAAAGUCGACGACUUUGAUUCACUAAUCUACUAUUCCAAAAGUUUUUGUUGAGAAAAAUAUGUAGAUUUUAUUCGUAACCCAACUUAAAGAGUUUCAACUAGGGUUUUUCGUGUUCACUCUUAGUAAUAUUUUUAGUGAUUUUGAAUGUCUGAUUUGCUAUUAAGUGAUUUUUAGUAGAAAGGCUGUAAGCCAUCCAAUACCCUUGGGGCUAACCUGACAAUACUGAGAAUGUGCAAUUAGUCUUCUUGGCUUUCAGACGUUUUGGCUAUUGAGAGAAAAUUAAUCUUAUUUUAUCUUGACACUGAGGACAUAAAAGUGUUUUAGCCCCUAGCUAGUGGGAAUAGAUAAGAUAAGCUAGAGGGUGUAAUCUUGAUACAACAUCAAAUUCUCUUAAAUUAGAAGUUUGGGAGAAUUUCUAAUAGAUUUUGACAGCUAGAAGAUUCACGUAGCUACAAGAGUUUACAUUAUUAUGUACUGUUAAACAACUUUGAAAUAAUUUAUAUUGUUUUGCAUUCUACUGUACUCCCAUUUUAAUGCCUUUCUAAAUUCAAUCAUGUUCAUGUUUUUGCAUGAUUUUACCAAAAAAUUACUUAACCCUGCUAGUUGUUGGUUUCAUCAGGCCUGGAUAAUUCUUGUAGUUAAUUCGUUUCAUCCAAGUCAGUUGUUGUGUUAUGUUAGUUUUUACUGGCACCUAGUCACUUUUAUUUGACUGUUUUACUGCUGGACCUGGUUACACCACAAGUUGCAAGUUCUUCUCUAUUUUAUAUAGUUUUUAUUGUAGUUCUUGCUUUUGUUAUAUUUUGUAGUUAGAUAUCUGUAUUCAUUUAUUUUCAGUCGAAUCACAUCUUCACAUGUAAAUGUGAGUCCAUUUGGUCAAUAAGUUAUACAUGUAUGUGCAUUCACUUUGUGGCAUCAAACAUGUAGAGUUAUAACUUUGUUAAUGAUUGAAUAAGAGAAAAGAUUUUUACUAACCUGUAGCUAUGAUUUUUAUCUUUUGAUAGGGAGAAAUGGUCAGAGCUUCUGUCAUUGGUAAAAUGCACUAUUCUUAGUGAAAAAAGGAAUGAUGACAUGAUUGCAUUUCUCCUCAGGUCAGGCUCUCUCUAAAGGCUUAGUAAUGUAAUACUUUCUUGCCUAAGUACCACAACUAAAUGAAAUAAAUCAUAUGUUAUAGUGUGGAUGAACAACAAGAAAAGAAAUGAUCCUAACAAGCAAGCUGCAGUUAAAGAAUUUGCAGAAAGGUAUUAUUAUUGCAGAUUGCCUGUGAGGAUGGUUUCUUUACUUUUGUUUCAUCUGAAGGUCAACAAGUGAUUUCUCUCUUUUAUUUGUGAUCAGAUUCAUGCUCAAAAUAUACCAAAUGACACUUUCACAAUGUUCUUUUCAGUGAAAGCAGCUUGUUUGUGUCCAAAGAACGUGUCAUCCUAAAGACUUGUGGCCAAACAACGCUCUUGAAGUGUAUCAAACCACUGUUAGAACUGGCCAAGAAUGAGUGUGGGUUGACUGAAGUGCAGGUAGGAACAGGCUUCUUGAACCAGCUCUUACAUAUUCAACAAAGGAACUGCUCUGAGAAAAUAUGAUUACUUUGUCAGUGGAAUAGGGAGAUUUGCUAGCCUUAUUUUAAGCACAUUGGACUCUGGGUCAAGAGAUCUGUGUUUCAAAUCCUGAUGGGAUCAUUGUGUUUUUGUCUUGGGCAACACUCUUUACUUUUGUGGUGGCUUUCCCCACUGUGACGUACAUUUGGAUACUUGUGAACUAUUCGGGAGACAUGACAAAAUGCACAGACUAGCUUCCCAUAUAUUAGUUUGGCAACUAUUACUUAACUCUAACUGUUAUAAUCAUACUAAUUAACAUGUAUUGAGCAUAUGAAUAGGAAUUACAAUAAACUGUCGGUUUGUUAGAUCUUACAGUCUGAAUGCCUUUGUAGGAUUUCUUUUACUCGCGCAUGAACUAUCAAGAACCCAAACUUCAACCUGCUCCUCAUCAAACAUUUCAACAGGAGGUCAGUAUUAUUUAAUCAAUUUUGUUUAUAACAUAGCUAGUAAAUUUGUCUAAUCAAAUUCAAUUGCGCGAGUGUGCUUCAUAUUCCUAUUGUGCACGGACAUGAUGUCAGCAAACAAAUCCCUCGAGAAAAAAAUUUUUCAUCGGGUUGAAAAUGUUAUAAAACAAUUGGUUCAUAGGUCAGCGUGCGUUCAUCGAGAUACGAAGCACUUGGGAAGUUUGGAGAGCACUCAAGAAGCUAGAGUUGCUCUCGGCUAUGCCUCGAGCAACUCUUUUGCAUUUUCGUGCUUCCCGCGUGCUUCAUAUCUUGAUGAACGCUCGCUGACGUAUGCACCAAGUGUUAAAUAAUCAUCCACUGGGAAUAAUGCAAGAGUCAGCAGCAGACCAUGUUGACUUUUCUGUGGACUUUGCAUUUCACUAUUGCAAUCAUCAGUUCACAUUCUGCCUUAAACCCUUUAUACAUCAGUGUGUAUAUUCUCCAUAUAGUUAUUUUUAUAUUGCUUUAGGGGCUGAGAAGGAGAAUUUGUUCAACAAUCAAAGGUUCUUAGGUUGGCAAGAGACUGUUUGAAAUGGCUUUAAAGAUCUUAAGAUGGCACUGCAACCAUCUAUUAAAAAGAGAGUCUAAAAUAUAUUAAAGUUCAUACGGCAACCAGGUUGACAAUCAGACAUGGUUUGAUGCGACUCUGGUUUAGAGAUUUAAUGAAUGUAACCGAAGAAGUUACAAUUCAUAGACCCAACGUUUCGACACUCCUGUCUAGUGCUUUCAUCAAGGGUGAUCUAAACGCUGCAACAAGAGGUCCUUUUAUACGCUCACUAAUUAGCUGCCUUUUUUUCUGACAAGGUGUAAAUAGGCGUCAGGAAACAAGCCGCCAUCGUCACGAUUUAAAGAGAGUCUAUUAGUAACUUUGAUUUCAUCGUCGCGAUAAAAAGAGAGUCUGUUAGUAACUUUGAUUUCAAAUGUUAAAUUGGUAACUGGUCCGGUUGCUACCAAGUACUAUCGCUACUGGUCCGAGCGCUACCAACCACAGUUCGAUCACUGCGAUUACGAACUCCAAUCGUUACCACUGGGAAUUACCAACAGAAAAUUGGAAAAAAGCCACAAAAAUUUGUAGAAAAAAAUUUAUGUGGUAGCAUUUUAGAGUAUAUCUUGAGCGAUCACUUCACGAUAGGAUCGAUCAAGACGAAGAUUCAUUCGUGACGAAACACCGUGCUCACUAGCUUCCAUACCAAGUUUCUACCAACUUGACUCUAAUGAAUUUACUUCUUACUUCUUCACAUAAACUUCAAAAACUAAACGAAUAAACUAAAGAAUCGAACUCGACCCUGAUUUACCUAAUAGGCCGGAGUCCGUUCGCUACCAAUGGUUUUUUAGUGCCUCAACAUUAUGAAGAAGACUAUCCCAUUUCAUGUAUCAAAUUCGUAGGUCAUUGGUUUUAUUGAUGUGUUAGCUCUUAACCGCCAUGACUGUGAAUAUAUGAAAUACCAUAUAUCGACAUAAAUGUGAACUGCGGUUAAAGAUGUGAAUAUGAAAGCGAUCUUCGCAAUAAUGCAAAACUUUAUUGGUAGCCAAGGGUAAAUCGCGGUCGAGUUUUUCGUUUAGAUGUUGACGUUUAUAUGAGACAACUGUUUCUAAUUUAUUUCAGGUUACGGUACUUAAUCAUUUCGUUUUCGAUUUUUGUGAAAGGAAUGUACUUUAAAUGAAGAAAACGUGAACAAACGACUUGUCAUGGAGGUUUUUGAUUUCACGAAAUCGAUAUGGCGUCGCGCGUCGAUCGAUUUCUAAAUGUAAGAUAUUCUGAUCUUUGGCAAGUUAGAAAUGAUAAAGCUAAGCGACAACUCCUAAAAGAACAUUUUUUUACACUAAUUUGGCAAUAUAUAGGUAAUAAAAUUGUAUAUUACAACCAACUUUUCCAAGACUAAAAUUUUAUUGGUAUAGCAAACGGACUCUGGCCAAGGUAAGUACUGAAACAUGGAAAGGCCUGAAACCACCUAAAACCACCGGAUCAUGUGUAUUAUAGGUGGCCUCGGUCGACAUAUAGGCCGACAAUCGACCGAUAUAUCGGUCGACUAUCGGUCGACUAUCGGUCGGCAAUCGACCGACUAUCGGUCGAUAGUCAACCGAUAGUCGACCGACAGUCGACCGACAGUCGACCGAUAGUCGAACGAUAGUCGACCGAUAGUCGACCGAUAGUUGACCGAUAGUCGACCGAUAGUUGACCGAUAGUCGACCGAUAGUCGACCGAUAUAUCGACCGACUGUCGGCCGAUGCAUCAGCCGAUAUGUGCACAUUUAUCGGUCGACUGUCGGCCGAUAUAUCGGUCCACUGUCGGCCGAUCUAUCGGUCGACUAUCGGCUGACUAUAGGUCGACUGUCGACCGAUAGUCGACCUAUAGUCAGUCGAUAGUCGACCGAUGUAUCGGCCGAUAUGUCGACCGAGGCCACCUAUAGUACACAUGAUCCAAACCACCUAUAAUCAUCUACAACCAUCUCAAAAACAUCUACAGCCACUUGCAAAAUAUCUAAAACCACCUAAAACAAGGCAUAAAUGUCUAAAAUAAGGCGAGACGACAACAUGUCACGUACACGAAAUACGAGAAUCGUACAAAACCUCCACCUCCCCCUGAAAUCUUACUCUCCCUGGUCCCAUGUAUAAUCAACCAUCUCACGAAAUGAAACGGGAGAGUAUGCCAAUUAUAUUUUUUAUUACCUCCGUAGUAAAAGACUUAAAGAACUUUACGAAAUGAACUAACAAGUUACAGAAAAGCGAUAAACAGGGAAUAAUACAUGGGCGCGCGUCGAUAUGGAAGUUUUUGUAAUGAUGAUUCAACGCAUUUUUCCGUCUUAAGAGUCAGCGCUCACGCACUCGACAACUGUUAUUCGAGGAUUGUCGAUUCAUUUAUUUUCAUUCAUUCGAGGUUGGCUUUUCUUCCCAGAAAAGGGCUAUUGUGUCUAUAUGAUAAACGAGUAAUAUAUGGUUGCGUGUAGAUAUGGAAUCUCUUCUCGUGUUCAACUCGACAUCUCACUCGCUCGCUGCGCUCACUCGUGAGCUAUCGAGUUAAACACUCGAAGAGAAAUUCGAGUAAUGAAGAAAACGUGAGCAAACUACUUGUUAUGGAGGUUGUCGAUUUCAUCUUUGGAUCUUUAAGAAACAAGAAAGAGUUUCCCAAGCUUACGAAAUGUUCGUGAGUAAGAAACGAGUAUAUACCAAGCGAAAAACGCUUCAUUUUUUUGUCAGAAACGGAGAACGCUUCCCUUUGUUGUUAGAAACGAACAACAUUUAAGAAUCUUCACUCAAACACAUUUCAAUUCCGAGCAUACGAUCGAUUUCUGUGUAGUCAAAGUCUUCAUGGUCUUAGAAACCCAGAAUAAGUUUCCCAAGCUUACGACACGUCCGUGAGUAAGAAACGAUUACAUACCAAACGAACAACGCUGCAUUUUGUUAUCGGAAACGAACGUUUCCCUUUGUUGUUAGGAACGAACAACGCAUUUAAGAAUCUUCAUGGUGUUGUUGGAAACAAAGAGCGCUUUAGUGAUAAAAAAUUUCUCAACGUUAUUGCCUAUUUACAGUCUGAAAUUCUGAUCUUUUUAGUAUUUGUUUCUUUGGGCGAAUUGACUUUUUUUUUGGGGUUACAUUACCAAAAUUUCGGGCAACAUGACUUCGGGCGAGAUGACUCUCGGGCGACUUGACCGGUUACCAGUGAUUGCUCAAGUUAUACUUUACAAUGCUGCAGAAAAUUUCAUCCACAAAUUUUUGUGGCUUUUUAAUAAGUUUCAUUUAUGUUUUCUCUUCAUAAUUAUUCCCAGUGGUUGCAAUCAGAGUUCGUUAUGGCCGCGAUUGGACUGUGGUUGGUAGUGAUCAGACUGGUAGCGAAAGUACUUAGUAGGGACUGGGCCAUAAUUCAUUCAAUGUACAGAAAGCGUUGAAAACAAAAUUGUUUUCUUAAUUUUUAGUGGUUAUAUUUGCAGUAAUUAGUUAAGCUGAUGUUUUUAUCAAGUUUUUAGUUCUUUACAAUUCUUAUUACCUGCCUGGUUUUCCACCUUUGCUUUUUUUGGGAAAGAAAACUUAAAGAAAAAGAAUAGUAAAACUAAUUGAACUCACUUGCACCGUUAAAUUCUUGCAGUUCUGGGCUAAUAUACAUGCAAUUUCAUUUUCUAAUUGAAAGAAUAGAGAGCAGAAACAUUCAGCUUUAUACUUCAUUUGAUGACUAACUUUUUAAAAAUCUUUUCCUCAUUAAUUUUGUUAGGUUGAGUGGCUGGAUCAGAUGUUUUCUGGUAAUAGACCCUGAAAAUCAUUAUUUCAAAUAACCUCUAUUAAUCUUAUUAAAAAAAGAAAUUGAUUUAAAGUAAUUCAGUUAACCCUUUGACUCCCAAGAUCUCAUUAAUAAUAAUUCUCCUUAGUGUCUACCAUACACUUCUUGUGAUUUUAGUUUGGAGAAUUUGGUAUUGGAUCCACUAAUAAUCCCCAAGUUAAUAUUUUUUUAUUCUCAUCACUUGUCUGCUUGAUACUGUAAGGAGAAAUUCUUUCUUGGUCACUCAUGGGAGUUAAAGGGUUAAAAACAACUCUAAAUGAAACUGUCUAUUUUAAAACCCCUAUCUACCAAUUUUUGAGAUUGCUUUCAUUUUAGUGUGAUGUUUUUCAUACAAGUAAGAAUUAUGAACUGUUUUAUCUUUGAGAGUGUAUAUAGUCCUGGAAUCGAAGGCAAUUUUGCUUGCAGUUUUCAUUUUGUUCAAUUAUUACUAUUCUGACUCUCUAUGUAUAGUUUUGAGAUCAGAUGCCAAAGCAAUGAAACCAGGGCCACAAGUACUACAGCUCACUUUGUUUUAAUAGAAACUUUAAUUUUGUGUUAUUUUAUUCAUGUUGUGUUAAUGAUUUUCUAAUUUUAGAUGGUGCAGGAUACGCUCUUGGACGAUGGAAUGGUCCUGACACAUGGUAAGUAAGUGCUGUGGUAAUAAUUUACCAAUUCAACAAGUUCUUUUGUGUAGAGCUAUAAAAAAUAAUGUCUGUUUGUCCAAGUAAAGCAGGUUUUCAUUCUGAAAUAGGAUAGGAGACAUUGGAAAUCCUAAAUGUCAUGCAUCACAAUUUCUCUCCCAGGCAAGGAAAAUCAUGGUGCUCUAGGGAGGCCAUGAGAGGGGGGGGGGGGGAGGGAGGGGGUGGAGGGAGAAUCUGAAAGCAAAGUUCUAAUGUUUCUUAUGAGUGGUUUCUCUUAAAAUGAUUCGAAACAAAGUAAGUCCUGAGGUCAGUGACAAAUUACAGACAAUGGUCAAGAGUUCUUUAAACUUGAAAAUGUACUGACAGUUGUUUCCCAUUCAUUUGCCUUGCAAUGCAAAUACUAAUUGACCUAUGUCCCUUUCACUUAUCACAUCCACUGUAUUUGACAUAAUACCUUGAUCAAUUUGUCUUCUUUCCCAGGUAUUUAUACACCCUGCACAACAUCCUUCCUGGUGUGACCCAGCCAGACCAAACACUGGAGAUAUCUUUAAACAAAAACUACUUGCUUGAUGUCUUCUGUCUAGUUUUCUUUUUCUCCUUUUUUUUUUAUUUUUAUUAUCAUUUUGUUUCAUUAUUUUGCGUCAACUUGUCAUAAUAGAAGUCUUAAAUACCAAUUGAUAUCAGAAUAAUAAAGAAUCAUGAAUCCUUAACCUGCAAACAUUUUGAUGCUUGAUCUUGAUCGAGAGGCAAUGAACAAGUUUUACAAGUCAAGUUCUUCUAAUGCAGACAAAGUGACCAGAGUAAGGACUGAUUUUUUGUAGAAAUGCACCAGUUUUAAAGUAAUCUCUUUUCACUUACAGUAUGACACUGUUAGUAUAUGAUGUGGGUGUUCAGAGACAAAUGAGGGUUUUGACUUCCCUCCCAUUAUCCAAGAAGACAAUUCUAGUUGGGGUGGAUGAUUCAACCCCCUUAAUUUUAAUAUGCUUAUACUUUUCCUACUGCAGCUGGUUGUUUGGAUGUGUUGUAUUUUCAAGCUCCACCCUCAAGAAAUCUCCUCAAAUUCCAUAUAUUCUUUCCUAAAAUGUUGGUGGAUUACCCAUUGUGAUUGACAAGGAGUUUUACUGACCUAAAAAAAAUCUGUUCCUUUUGGUUGGGAAGAUUAUCUCAUACUCUUAAGUUUGUCUUUCAAAACCCCUUCAACCCCUUAACUCUAACACCAAGUUAUGGUUACUAAUUUACAAGGAAAUGUGUAGCAGCUUAGGAGAGAAUUGAUGUUCAGAUCUUGAGAGUUAACGGGUUAAUUUUUCCUGCCUGUUUUUUUCUAGGUCACAGGCAUAAGUGAAUUUCUCCCUGGAGCCUUAAUUGAUGCUGCUUUGUUUGAUCCUUGUGGUUAUUCUGCUAAUGGCCUCUUGGAUGUGAGUAAAUUAAAAAAUGUAUAUUGUGGCCAAUCUUGUUAAAAUUUUAAGAUACUUUGGUCUGUAUUUUGAGAAACUGCCCAUACAGUUCACAUUUCCCCUCAGGUAGAAUUUUCAUGGAAAGGCCCUGAUAUGGAAAGGUGGAUAUAGCCUUUAAACUUUAAACAUACUGAGUGUACAUUUGAAUUUACCUCACACUGAACUAGUCUUUUGUUUUUCUUCAACAGAACAGCUACUUUAGCAUUCACAUUACCCCGCAGGAGAAAUGUUCCUAUGCCAGUUUUGAAACCAAUGUUAAAGUGGUUAGUCAGUAGGCACUAAGUCAUGAUUCACACUGUUAUUUACUAGUUUAUAAGGUCAAUUCAACUAAACUUACAUCAGACAAGUCAGUUUUUGUUGGUGAGAGAUCGGUUGUAAAUCUAGCUCAUUCUCAAUGUGGUGUUGUUUUUCAUCCUCAUCAUCCUCAUCUGCUUGACACUGGAUUAAACAAUACAUGUAAUGAAAAUAUACACAUUAAUAGCACCUUAUAGAUUUUGCUUAUAGGAGGAUUAAGGUAUUAGUGAAAUUUGUAGAAGCUCGAAAGAAGAAUUGUGAAAGAACCUUGAAGGGGUAAUGAAAUGAAAAUAUCUGAUAUCUUUCUCACUGACUUCUUAUGUAAAACACAAGGUAAAGUUUUGAAGACAUAUAUUUUAACCUGAGGUCUGUAGGUUUUGUCACAUAGCGGUUUGGUAAAUUCUCGGUGAUACAGAUUUUAGCAAUGUUUUCUGUCCAAUUUAACUUAUGGCAAUGGUCAUAGGCCUCUUAACAACAGUAACAGGAAUUUAAUCAAAUUAUAACUGAAUUGGUAAAGCAUUUCAACACAGAGUUCUUCACAAUAUGAUCUCCUUCCAUUCUCUUAUAGUCAUGCUACAAGGAGCUGAUAUCCAAAGUUCUUAAAACUUUUAAGCCUGGAAGAUUCCUCAUGACUUUGUUUGCUAAUGAGGUCAGUACCACCAAAGGUUAAGCCUGUACAAAAGCCAAUUGGCCCAUACAUUGGAAGCACAUCCUGGUUUUCAUAGCAUGAAGUGACUAGGAGUGUUACUGCUCCCCCCUGGAUGGGAGGCCAGUCUAUCGCAAGUUUCACCCCCCAGUAUUUCAUCAGGCUUCCCUUACAAUUUGCUGGUACUUAUAUAUACUCCUGGGGGUAUGAGGCACUGUGAAAGUUAAUUGUUGCCCAAGAGCACAGGACAUUGACCUGAGCAGGUCAUAGACCCAGGCCAUCUUAACCCAGAGUCAAACGCAUUAACCAUUAGUCCAUGGCAUCUCCCACAGGUGCUACCAUUUUGCUGUCAUAUCUCCUGCACUCCCUAGAGCUUGAAGAUUAUUUUUGUGGUGUUAGAAUUGUCCCCUUGACAUUAACAACUGAUUUUACUCAGGGUGCGCCAUGUGGCUUUUCAUACAAGACUUUUCAAGAAGGAUCCAUACCUGGAUACAAACUGGAUGAUCUGCAGUUGUCACAAAUGAAGAUGUAUAAUCUGACCUAUGGCCAUUACAAAAGAAUCCAUGAGAAGCUUCCAUAACCUUGAUAAGCUGCAUCAACCAAGAGGCAUACAUUAUACUCAACUGAAAUGUAAAUUUACAACAGGUAGUACACCAAAGCUACUUCACAGUCUAAAGGACACAAUCCUUAUGUGAUUUUAGUGGUAAAAUUUGACAAUGUCUGGUGGUUAAUAAUGGCCUAACUCUAUUAAAUCCUGAUGACUAAUCAAUGCCUUGACUGACACUUUUUGACAUGAAAAAGGAGCUAAGGAGAAUAUUGAGCUCUACUUAAGUAUCUCAUGCACCUCUUUGCUUUCAUUAUCUUUGAGGUUGAUACUAUAAAGAUUUUACUCCUGAGUAAAUGUUUUAAAGCUGGGAGUAAGAGCAGUUUGGGGCCUGAUAAACUUCUCAUCUAAAAGGCAGAAGAAAUUAAAAUACCUCAGUCUGCAGGCAAGAAAUGCCUCUUACUAACUGAGUUUGAGGUCCAUACCGCAAGUUAUGGACCAAGUUUUUUUCUGCUCAGAUUUAUGGCCCAGGCAUAUAUACAAAGUGCACAGAAAGUAAAUCCGAGCAGAUAAUAACAGGGUUAUGUAACUUGGAGUACACACUGAGAAAAGGAGUUUAAGAAGGCAGUUACUACAUCUUUGAGCUCAAAUAGAGGGGGAAGAUUACAGUUUAAACAAACCUUUGAAUUUAGUGGGCACUACAGUGAAAUAUUGCCCAUUUAAUUUACCAAUUAUAAAAAACAUACAAAUUUAGACUUCGACUCGACUUCCUCUCAGGAAACAUUGGGACUCUUGGGAAAACAAAACUAACUGUUUCCCCUCAGGACCAUACAUUAAGUGCAUAAUGUACUACAGAGUUCAAACUAUAUUUAUCAUACUUUUCUUUUACCUGGUAUAUUAUGAGUUUAACUAUUCUGAUAUUUAUUUGCCAAAGAUUAUCUUUCAUUGCUUAGUGUUGGCCAAGACUCUGAUAACUACUACUUAAAUUAAUAUGUAUUUUUGCUCUUGGUGUAUUGGAAGCAUACAGAACAACCUGUAAUGCUUCCAACUUAGUGUAAAGAAUUAAUGGGUUCCUUCAUAAGAGAUUGUAAUGGCCUGUUUAUAUUUGCAACUCAACAACAAAAACAACUGGUCAUUUAUAUUUUUAUUCAUUUAAAAAUUAGGUUUUCAAAUUGAAUAUGAUGUUAUCAAAUACCUGCCAUUAAGUCUAUUAUGUAACUACAAUCAUAACAUAAAAUAAAUGAGAAGUAACUACCAGUAACUUACAUUCUUAACAUUAUGACUGUCAGUAAAACUUAUCUAUUAAACAUGUUGCUUAUGCAGUCAUUAAACUUGACAUUAGUUUCCAUGUAAUGUUGCUUUCUAAUAUUUAGAGACUUGCUAUUUACAUAUGAUUGGUGCAUUUUGAAAAUGUUGCUAUUCAUUUUGUAGUUGAGCUAACUAUGGCUAAUUCUCACUAAUGCCUUGGAGAAAGCACAAAUAUUAAUUCUGACUAGAAGAAAAAGCUGAAAGUAAUGUAUCUUCUUACUUCCAGACAGAACCAGACAGAACUAAUUAAUUUUCAAUGUUCCUCUUUUUAAAGUCAGAUUCAACUGGGGGGUUUGGUAAGCAGGCUUAAGUGGAGGGGAGAACUGAACCCUACCUUUACUUCUAUUAACUAUUUUCUUCCUCAAAAGAAUGCUGUUAUCCUAGUAGACUGUGACCUACAUCAUAAAUUGUAGAGUGCAAUAAUAAAUAAAAGCUCAACUGCACUCUUAGAUAACACAAUUAAAAUCCAGUGAAACCCUGUGUGUAAGAGAGGUAUCUCAAAGAAUGUCUGUGGCUGAUUUAUAGGUAAGACUGUGGCCUAGAUCCUCUCAUACAUUGGCCUUGCCUGCCC